UUUUUAUUUCCAACAGCUUUGUCAAACAGAGCUUAGUCUUAGACAUCUAGUUGAUGUGCCUAAAAAUGUGCAGGUGCUCGUAGUCUUCGUGCUACCAGGAGUUGCUCAUCCUUCGUCACAUUUCUAUCGUCUUGUUGAGAUUUGUGUUUCGCAGAACAUUUCUUGUAUUUAAAACGAAAAAGGAAACGAUUUUUAAGGCAUCUCAAGAGUCAUUGGGUUGUCAGCGGGGAUCCCAAACGACAACAGCCUCCUAACCACGUUUGCGAUUGUUCAAUUAUGUUAACGCAAAGCAUGAACCGAAAGAAAAUUAUGGACCACUCAACGGGGAGGGGAACGGCCAUCCCACCUGUCCGACCAAAUAUAGCCCAUGAUUUGGAUGGUGAAUUUAAGAGGGAAAAUCCCUGCUCCAGAUCCUUGGCUGUAAAAUCCCUCUGCUCUGCGCCCAAGCCCUCGAAUAAUAUCUCCUCCUCUUCGUCUCGCUCUGUGUCCGCCCCCCCACAGCCCCCAUGCCGUGGGGCGGCAGCUCCGAGGUGGACGAGGAACCCUCCGCCUCGGCCGUCCCGUGCCACCUCCUUGAGCUGACGGUGAUCUCGGCCCAGGACCUGUUCCCCGCGACGGCCCGGUCCAUGCGGGCCUACGCGACGGCCUGGGUCCACCCGGACAGGAAGCUGUUGACGCGGACGGACCGUGCCGGCCGUACCGACCCCACCUGGAACGACAAGCUCGUCUUCCGCGUGGACGCCGCCUUCCUCCUCUCCGUCACCUCCGCCGUCACCGUCGACAUCUUCGCUGCACGCCGCCGCCUCAGCCCCCGCCUCCGAGACCCCCACCUCGGCACCGUCCGCGUCCUCCUCUCCGCCUUCCGCCCCGAACCCGGCUCCCGCCGCUUCGCCGCCCUCCAGGUCCGACGCCCGAACUCGCUCCGCCCCCAGGGCAUCCUCAACGUCGGCAUCGCCCUCCUCGACGGCCUCGCCUACGUCGACCGGAUGGUCCCCCUCCACGACGACAUCGGCGAGCCCUACGCCUUCGCCUACAAGGACCUCGAGGCCCUCUCCAUGGAGCGCAGGGCAGGGGAGGAAAGCAGCCCGAGGCGUUCGGCAGCUUCGAUGUUUGUCGGCGGCGGCGGAGCCGAAGAGUGGAUGGUGGAGAAAAGCGGAUCGGUGGAGAGCUGGAUAGGGGAGAAGGAGCAGGAGGCGCUGGAGUCGAAGCUGGAGUUGUGGAAGUCGGAGCUGUCGCCGGAUUACUACGAUAUCGGCGACCGGUCCCUCGGCGGCCGGAGGAAGAGGCGGCGAAAGGGGACGGGCGGCUUCCGGAGCCUGUCCUGCUUUUGCGGUGGAACCACCAAGUGGGCAUAACAAUGAUGACGACCAAUAGCAAGCGAGGAAGGGGAGGAGAAGCGAUGGUUAUGAUGGAUGGGUUAAUGGUCCGUUCUUUUGAUGGGUUUGGCUUUGCAUGCUCUCAGACGUUGAAAGGGUAGAGGCUCGUUUUUUUUGUUUCAUAUAUAAGGUUUUACUUUAGGAAGAGCGGACCACGUUGAAAGAUUACUGCCUGUACCAUGAAAAGCUCCAUGCAGUAGCCGCACAUGCCGCCUGCUCCCAACCUUGUACAUAUUCUCUUCUUCUUCUUCGUUUGAUCAAGGCAAUGUACUGUUUUCCAAAUUGACGAGAUAAACUAAGAGAAUAUGAUAUGGCCCUAGAGGAUAUGCACCAAUCUAUUAAGAAAA